AAAUAGAAAGAAAAGAGUGUUUAGAUUAUUUUUUUACAUACAUCAGAUAUAACAGUUCAUAACAAAAAGAGUUCAAGUUCUUAAAUUUUUAUAUAUCGUGUAAAAUUUGAUAGAAUUGUUCCUAAUAUUUAAUGUUGAUAAAACAGUUUACAAUUUCGAUAUUGUUGUACAAUUAAAGUGUGAGUUAUAAUCUCUCGGUUGGACAUAAAUAUACGCAUCAAACCAAAUUUUUAAUUAUUGGAGAGUUGUGUGCUUGUUAAUGCAAAUUUAAAAAAUGGGGACAGCACUUAAACGAUGGAAUUAGAAAUCUGCAUAUAUACUGGACUGGUAUACUUAAUAUGUUAAUAGUCGUAGAAGAUAUAAGUUGCGGACGACACAAGUUGCUCACCGAACACACGAACGAGAAAAUUUCGUAAUAGUUUUUUAAAAAAAGAAAAAAAAAAAAAAAAAAAAAACAGUGAAGUCGAUGAAAAGGGUUUUAUCAAUUCGAAAGAAUAAACAACGUCGCGUAGAAAAAGGUGAUACGGAAUAACGAUAAUUUUUAUUUCAACCGAAAGAAGAAGGGCCGAAAAUCGAGAAAGUGAUUGUGACAGAGGAUAUAAAUUUCUUUUCCCACUUUUUUAUAUCGAUCAAGAUACAAUGUUUCUCAUGAUCCUGACGAGUUUGAUUUUAUUUUUAUUUAUAUUACACUGUUACAUAAGAUACAGAAGAGAAGGUAGACUUCUCAAUCAAAUUCCAGGACCAAAAGAAUAUCCCUUAAUCGGAAAUAUGCAUCAUUUUCAAGUUCCCAAUGAAAUAUUCAUGAAAAAAUAUUGGAAUUUUGGGGAAGAAUUUUAUCCUAUAUUCAAAAUAUGGUCCCUUUUUUUCUCGUCUAUAAUUUUACUUCAUCCGGAAGAUAUUAAGAUAUUUAUGACAAGUAAAAAACUUACAAACAAAUAUGUCCCAUACAAAUAUAUGGAGAGUUGGCUUUCUACUGGAUUGCUUACUAGCGGAGGUGAAAAAUGGCAACAACGAAGAAAAAUAUUGACACCUACCUUUCACUUCGAUAUAAUUAAACAUUUUCUCGUUACAUUUAACGAGGAAGCCCAAUUUCUCGUAAGAUCUUUACGAGAAGAAGCACAAGAACAAGAUGAUGGUUUUAUCGUCGUAGAUUUGUUACAACUUAUUACGAAGCAUUCUUUAAAUAUAAUAUGUGAAACGAUUUUGGGUAUCUCAUUAAAAGAAAAGGGUAACCUUGAAUCUGAAUAUCGUAAUGCCGUUCAUGGUUACGGAAAAAUAAUACCAUAUAGAUUUGUGAGACCUUGGUACCAUUUCGAUAAAUUAUUUGCCUUCUCACCAACAGGUCGGUUGGAAAAGAAACUGUUGAAAACGUUGCACAAUUUUUCCAAAAAUAUAAUUGCAGAAAGAAUGCGUUUUCACGAACAAACGGAUUAUAAAUAUUUACAAAAUUUAAAUCAAGUUAAUGAAGAAAAUGAGAUAAUUUCGGAAGAAUUGGAGGAAUAUAAUAAAAGAACGGGAUUGAAAAGAAAACUUUGUUUGUUAGAUCUACUUAUAGUUUUGAAUUUGGAAAAUAAACAAAUCGAUUAUGAUGGAAUUCGAGAGGAAGUUGAUACAUUUAUGUUCGAGGGUCACGACACUACGGCUAUGGUAUUGUGCUUUGCAUUGAGUCUUUUUGCAAAACACAGAAAUGUUCAGGAAAAUAUAAGACGCGAAGUGAACACGGUCAUGCAACGAGAAGAUUGUAAACUGACGACUUCGAUGCUUCAAGAUUGUUCAUAUUUGGAAAGAUGCAUAAAAGAAUCACUUCGUUUAUAUCCAAGCGUUCAUACUAUAUUUCGUUAUUUAAAUGAAGAUUUGCAAUUGAGUAAUUACGUAGUUCCCGCUGGAUCAAGUUGUCAAGUGAGUAUCUACAACGUACACAGAAAUCCGAUAUAUUGGCCAAAUCCGGAUAUUUUUGAUCCGGAUAGAUUUUUACCGGAAAAUAUGAAAGAACGUCAUCCUUACUCGUACAUACCGUUUAGUGCAGGAAUGAGAAACUGUAUUGGUCAAAAAUUUGCCAUGUUUGAACUGAAAGUAUUAAUAGCCCAUAUUUUGCAUAAUUUUAAUCUGGAACCGGUGGACGAACUCGAAGAUGUCAUUAUAAAUGCAGAUAUAACUAUGAACCCUUCUAAACCACUUCACGUUAAGUUUAUUCCAAUAUGAAGGAUACUUAGAAUAGAAAACAGAAUAAUAUUUAAUUAUGAAUUUUCACUUUUUAAUAUUUUGUAAUAAAAUAAAUGAAAUAUAUAAAGGUAAUUAGGUAAUUAAAGGUAAUAAAUAAGAUUUUUCGAGAGUAUUACUGUGCAAGGAAUAUUUAGGGGGAAAAAAAAACAAUGAAAAAGAUAUAAAAAUAUUAUAAUAUAUUAAUCAGGAAGAGUUAAAA